AAAGAUCAGAUGUACAUCGCUUCCCAUUUCGCUUUCAGAGGCAUUUCUUCCUUGGGCCCGCAGAAAACCCUAAUCUCCAAACUCAAGCCAAUCUCUCUCCAUCUCUCUGCCGAAGCUUAGAGAAGAACCAAACUCAACACCUUCCAACCUCGCCAGGUCUGAUCGCAACAUCUACAUCGCACCACCACAAGGAGCUCGCGAUUGAGGAGCAUUGCGUGCCAACUGUAGAAGUCCUUGACAAAUUCGGGAGCAGCUUUCCUCUUUUAAUUCUCACGUGUCUUCAACAUGCACUUCUGAGGUAGCUAACAAGGAGCAGAGAUCUCUAUGCUUAUGCUUUGAAGGUUUAGAGGCUUCAAUAUAUUAUAGGACAUUGAAACAGUAGCAGCAGCAUCUUUCAGCUUCAAUCGCCUUCAGCCCAAAUCAAGAAAUGGCUUAUGUAGAUCAUGCAUUCUCAAUUUCUGAUGAGGACAUGAUGAUGGAGACCACUUAUACUGUGAAUAACAGGCCCCCAAUCAAAGAGAUUGCCCUCGCCAUAUCUCUUCUUGUUUUUGGAAGCAUUGGCAUGGUCUUGGGCAUUAUCAUGGCUUCCUACAAAGUUGGUGGCGAUCGAACCCAUGGGGUGUUCUUCACAAUCUUGGGGUCAAUCUUGUUCAUUCCCGGAUUCUACUAUACCCGCAUUGCUUAUUAUGCGUACAAGGGGUAUAAAGGUUUCUCAUUCUCCACCAUACCACCUGUGUAGAGGCCUUACCUGUCAUUCUAUGAUGACAAUGCUGUUCAUCAUGUAUAGAUCUUUCUUCCCCGCCUUUCUUGUUUCUCUUUUCAUAUGUUAAGCUUUAAGCUUUGUCAGGUACCAGUACUUCAUUAGUAUAUAGACUGUUGAUGUCCGAUGAACAAGCACAGAGUGUACAAACAAUAUCACGUUGCUAUAUAUUGGACUUAAUUCUCUUUUCCA